GAUGAUGGCUCCUCCGGUGAAGAAGAAGAGGAAAGGUGAAAAAAAGGCGAAGAACGCUGCUCCUCCCUUAGAUCCAGAGGCUAUCGACUGUGACUGGUGGGAUACUUUCUUCCUCCGAAACUCUUCUCUCUCAGGUGUUACCAUCCCCUUAGACGAAGACGACGCCUUCAAGUACUUCUUCCGAGCUUCCAAGACCACUUUCAGCUACAUCUGUUCCCUCGUCAGGGAGGAUCUCAUCUCCAGGCCUCCCUCUGGACUCAUCAACAUCGAAGGCAGACUUCUCAGCGUCGAGAAACAAGUCGCCAUUGCUCUCCGACGCUUAGCUUCCGGCGAAUCUCAGGUCUCCGUCGGAGCUGCAUUCGGUGUUGGCCAGUCCACUGUCUCUCAGGUCACCUGGAGAUUCAUCGAGGCUCUCGAGGGACGCGCCAAGCAUCAUCUUAGAUGGCCUGAUUCCGACAGAAUCCAAGAGAUCAAGUCCAAGUUUGAGGACAUGUACGGUCUCCCUAACUGCUGCGGUGCCAUAGAUUCAACCCACAUCAUUAUGACUCUCCCUGCUGUGCAGGCCUCCGAUGAUUGGUGUGACCAGGAGAAGAACUACAGCAUGUUCUUGCAAGGAGUGUUUGAUCAUGAGAUGAGGUUUCUCAACAUGGUCACUGGAUGGCCUGGGGGGAUGACUGUUUCCAAGCUGCUCAAGUUCUCUGGCUUCUUCAAGCUCUGUGAGACGGGUCAGGUGUUAGACGGGAAGGCCAAGACUCUAGACCAUGGAGCUGAGAUAAGAGAGUAUGUGGUUGGAGGGUCCAGUUACCCGCUUCUUCCUUGGCUUAUAACUCCUCACGACAGCAGCGAUGAUCCAUCUGAUCCGAUGCUGGCUUUCAACGACAGGCAUGAGAAGGUGAGGUCAGUGGCUGCUACGGCCUUUGCGCAGCUGAAAGGAAGCUGGAGGAUUUUGAGCAAGGUUAUGUGGAGACCAGACAGGAGGAAACUGCCGAGUAUAAUACUGGUGUGUUGUUUAUUGCAUAACAUUAUCAUCGAUUGUGGGGAUUAUCUGGAAGAAGAUGUUACUUUAUCUGGUCAUCACGACGUGGGAUAUUCAGAGCGGCACUGCAAGCAGGGCGAGCCGCUUGGUAGUGAGCUCAGAGGAUAUCUGACUGAGUAUUUACAGAGGUGAGACUUUUUUCAGUAUUUGAGAGUUUAAUGGCUUCCCAAAUCAAAGCCCAUCCUACCAAGUCCACUGAACAAUGUAGAAGUAAAAUAGCCCAAGAAAUAUCUAGGGGGGAAGAUGUUAUGAAAGUUUGUAACAACAAAGAAAUGGAGUUGUCGUUAUUUGAUAAAUUAUCAAACAGAAGGGUUUAUUUUGCAAAUGUGUAGUUGGGUUCCAUUAUAAGGUGAUUCAAAAAUUAAUAGAAAGCGCAUAUGCUCUGGUGGGAUGCG